AUGUCUAAGGAAGAGGACCAUAGUGAAGUAGAGGAUCAUAUUCUAAGAAGAUUCGAUUUAUAAGAAUACAAAGGGAAAGGAGCGUACGGAAUAGUAUGGAAGGCUUAUGAUACUAAAACCAAAUAAAUUGUUGCAUUGAAAAAAGUGUUUGAUGCCUUUCAAAAUUCUACAGAUGCAUAAAGAACUUACAGAGAAGUUGUAUUUUUGAAAUAAUUAAAUAAUCAUGAUAACAUAGUUAAACUGAUAUCUGUUAUAAGAGCAGAUAACAACAAAGAUUUAUACAUGGUUUUUGAGUAUAUGGAGACAGAUUUGCACAGAGUUAUCAGAGCUGAAUUGUUAAACAACAUGCACAUCUAAUAUGUGAUGUACUAAAUUCUCAAAUGUCUCAAAUACAUACAUUCUGGACAGCUAGUUCACAGAGAUUUGAAACCAGCCAACAUUUUGAUCAACGCAGAUUGCCACAUCAAAGUAGCCGAUUUUGGAUUAUCCAGAUGUCUAUCCGAAACAGAAAAUAAUAAUGAAAUACCAAUAAUGACCGAGUACGUAGCCACUCGAUGGUAUAGAGCUCCUGAAAUUCUCUUCGGAUCUCAUUAUUAUUCUACAGCCGUGGAUAUGUGGAGUGUGGGAUGCAUCUUGGGAGAGAUGAUACUCGGGAAGGCUUGUUUUGCAGGAACUUCCACUUUGGAUUAAAUCGACAAAAUCAUCUAAUUGAUUGGAAAACCUACUCUAUCCGAUUUGGAAUCAAUCAAUGCCCCCAUGGGUUAUCAAAUCAUAGAAUAAAUGGACAGCAAAAAAUAAUUCAGUUACCACCAAUUCUUUCCAAAGGCCAACGAUCUCCAAAUAGACUUUAUAAAAAAAUUGUUAGUUUACAAUCCGAAAAAAAGAUUGACUGCAGAGUAAGCCUUGGAUCACCCUUAUCUCAAGGAUUUCAAGCAGACUGAACCUGAAAUUCUAUUAGAUCAAUACAUAACAAUUCCCUUUAAUGACAAUAAGAAACUCAAACUCCAAGAUUAUCGAGAUGCCUUAUAUAAGGGACUAAUAACCAAGAAGUCCAAUAAUUUGGUUGCCUCCAAUUAUUCGAGCUAUUUGACUAAUAAAAUGAGUCGAAAUGAACCCAAUCCUAAUAGUAUAGUUGUAAAAUCAGAUACAGAACAAUAUGUUUUCAAACAGCCCACUAAUUAGCAAUAAUAAGUCAGAUGCAAGUCUAGAUUAGAUCAAAGAAGUGAAUCAGUUUCUAAGAAAAUAGCUUAGACCCAAUAUUUCAACACUCAGGAUAUCAUGAGAAUCUAAAGGCAAACUGACAAAUCCAAAUCUUUUCACAUCGAUGAAGAAAUGCCAACUGUCCAUAAGUCAAUAACCAAAUAGCAACUAUUGGAUCAAUAGGUUCCAACUACUACUCAUCAAAAAUAAUAGGAGAAAUCAUACAAUCGAAUGAAACCCUCCAAUGGUAGCAAGUUGUCUGAAAGCAAGGAGAAUUCAAGGAUUAAUUCAGUAGAAGGGACUAUUAAUAACCAUCUCCUUGCUUAAGCUUAAUAUAAUUUUCAUAAACGAUUGUAGAAGAAAAAACAAGUCAGUGAAAUUUAUGGAUAACCUCAUCCAGGGUAAUAAAAUCAGAAGCCCAAGUAAAUCCCCAAGAAGUCUAAGACUCCAGAUCUGAAAAAUUAUUAAAUGGUACACUCGAGAAGUCUGUCUUAAAAUAAAAAUAUUUCAGUUUCUAGAAGUAGUAGUAAGCCUAAAACUCGAGGGAGUCCCUAUUACUCUGAAGGAAAAGUAUUGAAUAGUCAACCUGAUAUGAACUGCUCUUUUUCAAAGAGUAAAUAAUAAAGUGUAUAUUCAAUAGUCAAUUCUAACUUACCCUUGUAUGCUAAAAUCUUGUCUAAGCAUUAAAACAUCGUUAAAUUCAAUUAAUAGAAAUUACGCUAUGAAUCAUUAAAGAAAUGA